AUUUGUUCUAAAAACUUAUUCUAAAGUGGCUAAAAGGGUUUUAAAAAAGGAUGUUAAGAAUUUAAUUUCAAAACAUAUUUUUUCCAAAUGGAAAUCUUUAUUAUCUUGUUUUAAUUUUGAGAUACAACAUAACGAAGGUAUUAAAGACUAUUUGCCCGAUUCUUUAACAAGAUAAAUUUUAUAGGGAAAACAUGAUCAAGAAAAUGGAAUGGGCUUGGUUAAGGUGAUGAAAAUGGAAUGGGCUUGGUUAAGGUGAUGAAAAGAUGGAAUCAAUCUGAAGAUAGAAGGUGACGAGAAGAUGGAAGAAAAACGAGAGAGGAGAAAAUUGUGGAUUGAAGAAUUUUUCCAGAAAUGAAGAAGAGACCCAAUGAAGGAAAUGCUUCCCGAAUUUGAUAGCCUGUCCGCGGGUAAAAUCGGUCGCCGUUUGCCACAAUGUGUUGUAGUGUCGUUUUGGUCGCGUUGUAGGUUUGGUUCUGUUGGGGGAGAUGCUUGCUGGUGUUGUUGUCAUUUGCAGCUGGUGCGGUUCUGUUAUGUUGCUGCUGUUGGCUGUGCACAUUUGGCUUUUCGUUUGCCGUCGUUUGCAGAUGAUGCGUUUCAGCUUUAUGUGGCUUGGAUGGCAGCUGGUGUUUUGGCUGCGCGUUGCUGCUGUAGCAUUCUGGCCCUUUAUCACUUCCAAUUGCCUUCCUUUCUUCAUUUUGUCUUAAUGGAAAAUAUUAUUGGUUUAUGUUGUAAAUGGAUCAUUAUUUUUAUGGAUAUGGAAUUUGGAUGGAGUUUGGAUAAUUGGUUUAUAUUAUGA